AUGGUUGAUUUCGUAGACAUUAACGGCGCCCACUUGGCAUACCGUAUCGCGGGUCCUGAAGAUGCACCACUCAUGAUAACUCUCCAUGGAGGGCGGGGACUUGGCGACCAUAGAUCAGAUUUCAGAGUGUAUAGCCAGCUAAGCGAUAAGAUCCGGGUCUUGUCAUUCGACUACCGCGGGCAUGGCCAGAGCUCUAGAACCAAGCCGUACACAUUUGAGCAGAUAGUUGACGACAUUGAAGGCGUCAGGCAACACUUUGCUGGAGACAGGCAAGUCAUCAUCUGCGGUGGCAGUUUUGGCGGGUUUCUGGCACAGCACUAUGCGAUUAAGUACGCCCAGCAUGUCUCGCACCUUAUCCUUAGGGGCACUGCUCCAUCUCAUCAUCAUGAAGCCGGCGCGAUACGGACUUUGGAAGAGAGGAUACACAAGGUCCCUAGCUUCUCUGUUGAUAUGCUUAAAAACAAGGUCUUUGGAGCAUACGAGAGCGACCGCGAAUUUCAGCUCAUAUACUUUGCUAUGAUGCCGCUGUACCGGGAAGUCUUCGAUCCUGAUGCUGCAUUGAAAAGUGCUCUUGAUGGCGUAUAUGUUGCUGAAUCGCACAAUGAUCUUUACUCCGAAAAAGAGAAGUACUUCGAUUAUACGGACCGUUUGCCUCAAAUUACUGCCAAGACGCUGGUCAUUGUCGGCGCUAAGGACUGGAUUUGCCCCCCAGAAAACUCAAAACUGAUUGCCGAAAGAGUGCCCGGAGCUGAAUUAUUCUUGGUUGAAGGAGCGAACCAUGGGGUCCACGCCGAGAAGCCGGAAGUGGUACUUCCCAAGAUCCGAAGUUACUUGAACAUCUAA